AUGUUGCCUGGUGCAAGCUUGUUAUCAUUGUCGAUGUUAGAGUGCUCUGCUUUUGGUGCUUCUGUGUUUCUAUUACUUUUUGGAAUAAAUCAAGUUCAGGAUGAUUAUAACAGCUUGGCGGAGGUGUGGAAGCUCGCCGACGACACGGUGGUGGUAAGCCACAUCAGCGAGGGUAGCCUCCUCCGCCUCUCCGAUACCUCAGAUGCAAUCGUGCUCCUACACCCUCGGCCUCGGCUCGCAGGAAAAUCGAGCAUCGACUAUGACGCAAUCUGCAAACUGGCCGAGAUCCCCAAUUUGAGAAAAUGUCCAACCGACGACGACUCUAAACACCUCGAAAAUCGCCGUGGGUACGCGUGGCGAAUAUCCUUCUGGCGAGAAUAUUCGACGACAUCAUCGAGAAUAUCCAACUACAAUUGUGUAUAUAAUAAUGGUACUGAUGCUAAUACCAUAAGAUGA